GCGCGGGAAAUAAAGGGUCUUUUUUUUCUCCACGCGCACUAAUUAGUGAAGUGGCGGGAGAAGCUCACCCUCACAGGAAGCACCUCCCGACGACGCGUGCGCCAUCAUUCACGCACCACAGGGGAUCUUGCCCUGCCUGGGUGUGCGUGCGUGUGUGUUUGUGAUGGACGAGCAGCAGCGGCUCAUGCACGCUCACGCGCGGGUCGGCAUGGACGGAAGCGAGCGAAGAGACACUGGAGACAUUGGAGACAUUUUACAACAAAUUAUGACCAUCACUGACCAAAGUCUGGACGAAGCUCAGGCUAGGAAACACGCUCUGAGCUGUGACCGCAUGAAGCCAGCGCUCUUCAGUGUUCUGUGUGAGAUCAAAGAGAAAACAGUGCUGAGUAUCCGUGGUGCUCAAGAGGAAGACCCCCCCGACGCUCAGAUCAUGAGGCUGGACAACAUGCUGCUGGCGGAGGGCGUGUCCGGGCCAGAAAAGGGCGGGGCCUCGGUGGCGGCGGCAGCUGCGGCGGUGGCAGCGGGGGGUGGAGUCGGUGCGGACAACUCUGCGGAACACUCAGACUACCGAGCCAAGCUGACUCAGAUUCGACAGAUCUACCACACAGAACUGGAAAAGUACGAACAGGCGUGCAGCGAGUUCACGACACACGUGAUGAACCUCCUAAGGGAGCAGUCGCGCACGAGGCCCAUCUCAGCCAAGGAAAUCGAGCGCAUGGUGACCAUCAUCCAUCGCAAGUUCAGUUCCAUCCAGAUGCAGCUCAAGCAGAGCACGUGCGAGGCUGUCAUGAUCCUGCGCUCGCGCUUCCUGGACGCCAGACGUAAACGACGAAACUUCAACAAGCAGGCCACGGAGAUCCUCAAUGAGUACUUCUACUCGCACCUCAGUAAUCCUUAUCCCAGCGAGGAGGCCAAAGAGGAGCUGGCCAAAAAGUGCGCCAUCACCAUUGCACAGGUUUCCAACUGGUUUGGCAACAAAAGAAUCCGAUACAAGAAGAACAUUGGUAAGUUCCAGGAAGAAGCCAACAUGUACGCUGCCAGAACCGCCGUCAAUGCGGCUAACGCGUCGUCGUCGUCACACGGAAGCCGAGCAAAUUCCCCCGCCACUCCAAACUCAGGUUCCGCCGCAUCUUUUAACAUGUCCAAUUCGGCCGACCUGUUCAUGGGCAUCCAGUCUCUCAAUGGUGACUCAUACCAGGGGGCUCAGCUGGGCGCCAACGUGCAGUCGCAGGUGGACGGUCUGCGACAUGUCAUCAACCAGACGGGCGUCUACAGUGAAGGCCUGUCAGCCAAUCACAUGUACAGUCCUCAAGGCCUCAAUACCAAUGGCGGCUGGCAGGACGCGGCCACACCAUCCUCAGUGACCUCGCCGACAGAAGGACCGGGAAGUGUCCACUCAGACACGUCCAACUGAUAUCUGAUGGGACUAUUUUGGUAUUUUGUACUCUUUCUCUUCUGGCGUGAGGACGUUUCCAUAGCAACUCUGCUCCAAAAGAACAUUAUUUGAUUGGCUUAAAUGAUUGACACAUUUUAUUUUCCACUUUCUGUCCUGUCCUUGGAACUUCCUGUCAUAGCUCACUGUUGACAUUACAUGUCGGGAAUGUUGGUCACAUGCAUGUAAACAAGCUAUUUUGGAUUACAUUACGACAUCUCUGAGAUGUAGCUUUUUUCAUCACAAUGUGACAAGUCUUGCCAUUGCCAGGAGAUCUUUACGUGGGCGGGGUCCCUAUGACCAUCAUCUUCUGCCUCAAGAGGAGCUCAAAAAGACAACAAUCCCAAUAAAGACUUUUUUACUCAUGUAAACACGUGUGGAAUUAUGAACACUGAAUUGGUGAAUGUUUGUCCAAGAUGGAAUGUUGGAUUUGUUACUUGUUGCAUGUAUUUUCAUUGCUGCACUUUUUGGCAGCAUAUAGAAAACGUGUUUUUUUUUCAU